AUGAGCAGCCACGACGACGACGAGACGACGGCAGCGGCGGCGGCGCCAGGCGUGAGCGUCCCGCCCGACGCGCAGUUCGACCUCACGAACCGCCUCGCGCCCUUCAUGGACCUGCACUUCAUGUUCCCGCUGAUCGAUUUCCUCUCGAGCUGCGAGCUGUACGACGAGCCGACGCUCAUGGCCGCCAAGUUGGCGCUUCUGAAGCCCACGAACAUGGCGGACUUUGCCGUGGAGAUCCACCAGACGCUGCACAAGACCGACGAGGUCCCGCAGGAGUUUGACACGCGGCGGAGCGAGAUUCUCGACGCGUUGAGCUUUGCCAAAACCGCCUGCCGUCCCAUGCUGAGUCUCAUUGAGAACGAGGAGAAGAUCCUGCAGCUCCAGAGCGAGACGCUGCUUAAUGCCAGCUACUUGGAGCAGCACGAGGGGAUUACGCCGGCGGUGUUGGACGGACUGUACAAGUACGCGAAGCUGCAGUACGAGUGCGGCAAUUACCAGGAUUGUCUCACGUACUUGACGUACUAUGGCGUGCUCAUUCCCAACUCGUCCGAGCAGUAUUUGAACGCGCUGUGGGGCAAACUCGCGGCUGAGAUCCUGAUUUUCCGCUGGGACGACGCGCUCGCUGACAUUUCUCGGAUCAGCGACGUCAUUGAAAGCAGCACGGUCAUGAGUCCUGUCGAGCAGCUGCAGCAGCGUACGUGGCUGUUGCACUGGUCGCUCUUUGUGCUCGCGUGGCAUGAAGAAGGUCGCGAUGCAAUCGUCGACUUUAUGUUGCAGUCGCGAUGUGUAGAGGCGAUCCAGAGCAAUGCACCGUGGCUGCUGCGCUACCUCUGCGCCGGCGUCAUCUUACACAAGCGUCGACGAAACCUCAUUAAAGACCUGCUCCGCGUGCUGCGCGUCGACGACAGGGGCUACCGUGACCCGAUCGUGGAUUUUGUUGAGUGCUUGUUCAUCAACUUUGACUUUGAAUCCGCGCAGGAGAAGCUGCGCGAGUGCGAAGUGGUGCUGGCCAGUGACUUUUUCCUCUACGAGAAGAACUCGACGGACUUCAUGGAAGCUGCACGUCUCGCCAUCUUUGAGAUGUACUGCCGCGUGCAUCGCACCAUUGACAUGAAUGCGCUAUCGUCGAAGCUGGCAAUGCAGGAGGAUGGCGAAGCCGAGAAGUGGAUCGUGAACCUCAUCAGUAAUGCUCGCCUUGAUGCCAAGAUUGACUCCCAAGAAGGACGGAUUGUCAUGGGCACGCCGCAGAACUCGGUGCAUCGUCUCGUGGUCGACAAGACUCGCGAUCUUGCAGCGCGGACCUGUAGCAUGGUGGCGCAGUUCGAGCGUAUGGGCAAGCGGAAGACCUACCAGUGA